AUGACACUGGGCGGGUCGGGGCACGCUUACGGCGAGGCGUCGUACUGGGACAACCGCUACAGCCAGGAUCCGGGCCCCUUCGACUGGUACCAGAAGUACGUCGCUCUGGCCCCGCUGUUUGAUCUCUAUCUCCAGCGCCGACACCGGUUGCUCCUCGUCGGCUGCGGUAAUUCCGGUAAGCCCUCGGCCUCCGCCAUCUUCUUCCCCCCUGGCGCAUUCCUCCCCGUCACUGGAUUGUAAUAAGACACCUACUUCUUCCUCUUCCCUCUAUGUCAUGGGCUCUUCAAGGAAUUGCUCUUCUAGACGCCGAUCAUUCACUCCUCGAGCACCGUAGAAGAUCUUCACAUUUGUUUCCCGUUGGAUUACUUUUUAAUUGGUGGAGAAUGAGGUUGAGGGGCAUAUGCUUCAUUUGGAAUCGACAUGGUAUGCUUCCCUAGAUACAUUAGGCUUCCCUACUUAUGACUGGGGCUUGGAAUUCCCACUGCUUCCAUCAAAUUUUUCUUCUCGUCCUCCAUCCCAGCGGAGGGGAAGGGGCAGAAGGAUCGUUCAGUCCAGGAACCAUGGACAACUGGAACUCUCCAAUUUCGACUCUCCAGAUUUAAUUCCCCUUGGAAAGCUAAGAUCGUAAUACAGCAUCAUUUAGUCCAGGUUGCUCGAGGGUGUUUCCUGAGAUGCAUCGGCUCGUGAAGCAUUCUAGGGCUAACAAGCAGCUGCUUCUUGAAAAACCCCUAGGAACUAUGUUGAAAUAAGUGAUGGGGAAAAUCGUUGAUUUGCUCAUGUUGUGGUAUAUUCUUAGUCGUGCAGUUGUUCUUGAGAUCAGAAUCCGGCUGUGGAUGUGACCUUGGCAUAGAAGAACAUGAUGAUCAUGAGGAGAUGGAUGAUGGAUGUUGUGUACUAGGGACUAUUGAGAGGGAGAGAGAGUGACGUGGAAAUAAAUAAUGGCUGGAUCUUCCCUUGUUCCUUAUGAUCCGUAACCUGGACGAAAUUGAUUUCAUCAUUUAAACCCUAUUUAGUCUCCAUCUUAUCCUCAACUUUAGAUCAGUUGCAUCCUGGGUAGAUAUAUGAUCCUGAUUCCCCACAGAUCACUUAUUUAUACUGCCUUUUUGCGGUGGAGAUUGAAUGUGCCUACGCACUGUCCUUCUUUCUGAGUCUUGACAGCUCUUGGAGAAGAAAUGGUGAAUGAUGGCUAUGAGGACAUUGUCAACAUCGACAUAUCUUCAGUGGUCAUUGAGGCCAUGAAGGAGAAGUAUGCGGAUUGCCCAGAAAUGAAGUGUAUCCUAAUGGUUUUAUUUUUACUUUAUUAAUUGAACUAGCUUCUCGUUGCCUUUGUCCCAUUCGCUCUUGUUUUGUCCUCAACCAUUUGACAGACUUUGAGAUGGACGUUCGAGAUAUGACCACCUUUGAAUCUGGCUCUUUUGACACUGUCAUUGAUAAAGGUAUUUAUGUCUAUGAAAAGAAAAAUCUUCUAAAUCAUGGGUACAGGUGUAACACCAUAUUGGAUAUUAUAUGAGCAUAUUUAAAUUCAUAUUCCUUCGCAUGAUAUCAGGAAAUCCUGUUCCCCAUUCUUCAGUAGUAUACUUGUCUGUCUUUAUCCCACAUUGAGUCAGAGAAGUUGGCCCUGUGGCUAAGUACAUGUGCAUAUUUAUUGCUUAUUUUCAAUUGGUUUUAAAUUAGACAAAAAUGAAAAUUCUUAGUUAAUCAAUCCUUUUGUCUCAAUAGAUGCGUCUUGAUCUGAUGUGGUAUAGAACAAUACAACAUGAUGGAAUGCAAUGGGAUGGAUGAUAGAGGGCUGCAUUCGCCCAUAAACGAUGAUUUACUUGCUUCCUUGUAUUUAGGGACAUCAUAGAAAAUUCUUAUUCCUCAGCAUGAUAUUAGAAAAUCUCGUUGCCCAUCCUUCAAUAGUGUUCUUGCUCGUCUCUAUCUCACAAUCUUUUCUACAACAAUCUCUGUUGACUUCUUCCCUUGUGUCCACAGGAACUCUAGACUCUCUGAUGGUGAGUGUUGUGCAUUCCUGAUAUUUUCCCUUUGAACCAAGGAUGACGAUCAAGUGCUUUCAUUGGCGGCCAUGCAGUGUGGGAGCAGCGCUCAACAGAAUUCAGCUAAGAUGCUCGAGGAGGUCAACAGGUAUUAAUGGACACGAUAUCAAUGAAAUGUCAAUUAGUGGAUAAGCCCAUCUUUCAUAUCCAGAGUCAACGUUUAUUUCCAAGAUGACCAAGAUGAGACUAUGCUUCUCGGUUGAGGUUUGUCAUGUGGACAACAUAAAUGGCGCAUGUUCAGACGAAGAGCAAUAAUCUGUUUUUGGGCCAUCCCAAUGGAGAAACCAAUUGGAGACUACCUUUAAUUUUUACAUGUUUAGAUUGAGAAAAAAAGUAUUUUAUUUAAUUAUUGAUAUGGGUUCAUUCCUCACUAGUAAGCAACAUAAAUGGGGUAGGUUGGUUCAUCCAAGGGGCAAUAAUUUACUCUGAUACCGUGCUAAAGAAAAAUUACUGGGGAUCUAAAAGCUCAUCUUUAUUGAAAAAGGAGGUUAUUUGGUUAUUUCUAUGAUAAAUCAAUAUUGGGGACUACUCUUUGUUUAUUUGGAUAAUGUUUAGGCGUAACUUUCUAUUCAGAAUAUUACUCCCAUAACAAGUAACAUGGAGCUAUUCUUCAUUGGAAUUCUUGAUUAGUUUUUUUUGUAUCUGUUACCCCGUAUUUAAUUCCUUUGUUUUUUUUUUUUUUUUUUUUUUGAAACCGUCAGGAUUCUCAAGGACGACGGAGCUUAUAUUCUGGUAAUCAGAUUAUUUAACCUUCUGAGGUUCAAUUUCUUCUGAUCGAGCUCUUAUGAAGAGGAGAGAGAUUCUCUCAUUCCAGUGCGACAAACUAUGCUGCUCCCUCGGUAAUAUAUUUAUGGGCAAAUUCAGAUUACUUAUGGGGAUCCGAAGUACCGACUGUACCUACUCAAAGCAAUGGGAUGGACUGUUAACCUGCAUGUAAUAGGUAAUCCUCCGAUGGCCUUCCAAUGCUCUAGAAUCAUCUGAUCAGCCAAUUUUGUAGAAUAAUCUGACCGAUUCACUAUCUAGACCAUUCUUGAACCGGCCAAUUCAUCAGAUUCUCCACCUUGGGCGGCACUGUUAUCUGCUGGAGCAGACCCAUUGCUGCAGCUGUCUCAAAGUGACAAACUUCACUGCAAGAAAUCUCCUCUCUGUGGCAUUUUUACACUUACGUCCCCCCCCCCGGCCAUGUGAAAAUUUGCAAGAGAGGGCCCCAGCUUUCGCUCUCUGAUCUUGUCAGGGAAAUUUGCAUUUAAACCAUCUUCACCUUUAGAGACUUUAUCAUUCCUCCUCGUUACCCGGUUUAUUGAUAAUAUAAUUUUAGAAUUCUUAUCUGGAAUAUAAUUUUCUACCCCUGAUUACUAUUUAAAUUGGGGGUUCCUACAGGCAGGCCGGAUAGAAUUCCACAGGUGGAUCCGUGGGAGUUGACCAAGCCGAUCCCCAUGUCAGAAGAUGGCAGCUUGGCUACUACGGCUGUUGGUUCGAACCCGGAGAUCCACUACAUAUAUGUCUGCCUCAAGGUCAGUAGUUUUGGCAUUCGCCUCUUCUUCUUUCCGUCCGGGUUUCUGGGCUGGGAUCCAUUUCUCUCUCUAGACUUGAUUUUAAGCCCGGAAAUUUAUUGGAGAGGAGGUCCUGUGGUUAGACUAGACACGGAGGGGAAGGGGAAGGGACUGCUGCAUGUGGGAAGGAGGGAAGGAGGGCCGGCCAAGCUUCUGUGCUGGGAUCUGUUUCUCUCUCUAGACUUGUCUUUAUGCCCGGAAAAGUAUCGAAGGGGAUCAGGUCCUGUGGGUAAUAGACAAAGGGGACAAGGGGAGGGACUGUUACAGGGGAGAGGGAGGGAAAGAGGGCCGGCCAGGCUUCUGGGCUGGGACCUGUUUCUCUCUCUAGAUUUGUAUUCGAGGUCCCAGCCAGGGAAUUCAGACCGGGUUUUUGGUGGAAAUUUAGUCCCUGAACUCUUCGUAAUUCUGUUUCUGUGA